AUGGAAAUCACUAACAAUCCUCCGAAAAGCAUACAGUUCAUUAAUGAACAUGGUCAGAUCAUGGAGCAAGGGGUUGAGUAUGAGUGGCUACCGAUAAAAUGUAAAACCUGUGCUGGCUUUGGGCACUCAAUGGCAGAAUGUAGGAAAGAAAAGAAAGUUCAGUGGGUCAGGAAAGACGCAGAACCCCAAACGGAGGAGGAGCAGGGACCUGGAGAACAUCAGGUUGGAAAGUUGAAAGAAAGUGUGAUUCAGGCUAGUUCAGAAAUGAACAAAGAUCAGGCAGAACCAGAUGAGUCUGUUAUACCAGGUGAUGAGACUAUGGCUGAAACUAAUGUUAGAGAGACUAAACUGAAGGGUUGUAAAAUAAGUAACUUCAUGGACAGUCAUUUUCCGAACUGGGAUUAUCACACUAGUUCCAUCAUUGAAGGCCGUAUCUUAGUUAUGUGGAGAAGGUUAUAUGUUAAAACCAUCAUCUUAGAGGAAUCCUCUCAAGCAGUUCACUGUCUGGUGAAGGUGAUGGGUGUGCAGCUGGAGUUUGGGGUCACCUUUGUUUAUGGUCUUAAUUCGAUUGAGGGCAAGGACAAAUCAGGAGGCAAGGCUAUCUCAAACUCAGAGUUAGCUGAUUCUAUAAACUGGCUGGCAGGUGCUCAUGUUGAACCUUUACGGAAUAUUGGUUCCUAUUUUACUUGGUCUAAUAACCAAGAUGGUGCUGCUAGGAUCUAUUCGAAAAUUGACCAUGCUGUUAUUCAGAAUUCUGAGAAGUUGAGUUCCAAAAAUUUUCGAUUUUACAAUUACUGGGCGGAUCACUAUGACUUCUCUGAUUUGGUGUUAAAAAGUUGGAGAGCCCCGAUUAAAGCUUCUGGUAUAAAUGCGAUUUUUCUCAAGCUGUUGAGGCUUAAACAUUGUUUGAAAACUUUUAAUAUGGACAGAUUAGGCGAUUUAAAAGCUAACUACAAUAAGGCCAAAGACUCCUAUCAAAAGCGUAAAGCUGAGAAUGGGAUAGUCUCUUACAUGAUGACAGAAGGGCAGUUAGUUGAUAAUUAUACUGAAGUGGUCUCUCAUUUUUUGGGUCAUUUCAGAGCUUGUUUAGGCAGUCCUAGCUUAGCUUCAGGCAGGGUAAAUAUCCAGCAUAUUGAGUUAGGGCCAAAACUUUCAGUUGAGCAGCAAAGUGAUAUACGUGAAGAGGUGUGUACUGCUAUCUCUAACUGUUUUGAGUCUGGCAGCUUCCCAUCUAAGCUUCAUGAAACUACCCUUUCAUUGAUUCCUAAGGUUGCUAAUCCCUCCCGGACUGUCGACUAUAGGCCUAUAGCAUGCUACUCUACGUUGUAUAAGUGCAUGGCUAAGUUGCUUUGUAAGAGGUUGGCUGUUGUUCUGCCUGUUAUUGUUCAGACCAAUCAGGGAGCUUUCAUACAAGGUCGCACUUUAGCCCACAAUAUCAUGAUUUGUCAAGAUCUGAUUAAAAAUUACGGGAGAGUUUCCACUUCUUCGCGUUGUGCCAUAAAGAUAUAUCUGAGUAAGGCAUAUGAUACUGUAGAUUGGUUGUUUCUUGAGGACUUGUUUAAAGCUAUAAGGUUCCCCAUGAAGUUCAUAGGUUGGGUUAUGUCUUGUGUUAGGAGUACCACCUAUUUUCUUGUGAUGAAUGGUAGAAUUCAAGGCAAUUUUAAAGGAGAGAAAGGGUUGAGACAGGGUGAUCCUAUGUCACCUCUUUUAUUUGUUCUCAUCAUGGAGUAUUUGUCUAGAAGUUUACAACAUGCAGCGCUUAACUCCCUCUUUCGUUUUCAUCCGAUGUGCAAGAGUCUUAAGCUCAUUAAUUUGUGUUUUGCGGAAGAAUUGCUUAUUUUUUGUAAGGGUACUCUCCCAGCUAUUAGGAGUGUAAAGAGGGUUCUUGAUGAUUUUUCUACUGCCUCUGGUCUGAACAUCAAUGUUGGCAAAUCUCAAAAUUUUUUCGGUGGAGUCUCUACUUCAGAUAGAACCAGGAUCUCUCAAGAGAUUAACCUUUCAGAGGGUUCCUUUCCUUUAAGGUACCUUGGGGUUCCAAUGAGGCCAACAAAAUGGAGACAUGCAGAUUGUGAGGUGUUAAUUCAGAAGUUUAGGCUGAAGAUUCCGAAUUGGGCUAGUAGACAUCUCUCCUUUGCUGGCCGGAUUCAACUUAUAAACUCUAGGAGUAAAUUACACAUCCCAUCUUGGCAAAAAGUCUGCCUCCCUAAAACUUAUGGUGGCUUGGGAUUUAGAGAAGGGGCAACAUGGAACCAGGUUGUUCUGGCUAAGUACAUUUGGGCAUUAUCUUCCAAACCUGACUUACUUUGGGUUAAGUGGAUUCACUCCAUUAACCUGAAAGGACAGAACUUCUGGAACUAUGAUUUGAAAGGUGAUUGUAGCUGGUACUGGGGGAAAUUGUGUCAUCUCAAGAAGUGCUUCAGUUCAACUGCUAUAUCAGCUGCUGGUGUACAGAGGAAGUUUCUGUCUUCGAAGCUUUAUAAUAGCCUUCUAAUUCAGCAAAAAGUUGAGUAUUCUAGGACAAUUUGA